UUAAAUUAUCAAGACGACACAAUUGGAUCAAAAUGAUUUCUAAUAGGAAGGCGUUCAGAGGAAAUAGAGUUGUGUUGGACAGGACAGUAGAGAAAGCCUGUAUUGUUGUAGAACAAGGAAAGAUUAUAGACAUUCUGACAGGGGACGCUGCUGAUGAUAUAAACAAGGACGACUUUUGUAUGGUUAUUGAUGCCGGAAAUGAUGUCAUCAUGCCGGGCGUGGUGGACAGUCACGUGCACGUGAAUGAGCCUGGUAGGACAGUGUGGGAGGGCUACUGGACGGCCACUUCCGCGGCGGCUGUAGGUGGCACAACAACCAUAAUAGACAUGCCACUAAACUGUAUACCUUCUACAACGAGCUAUUCAGCAUUCAUGAAUAAACUGGAAUACGCCGAAAGCAAAUGUUUCGUGGAUGUGGGAUUCUGGGGAGGCAUCGUACCGAAUAACCAGGAUGAACUCCGACCUAUGCUAAUUGCGGGUGUCCUGGGUUUCAAGUGUUUCCUAAUUCACAGCGGAGUGGACGAUUUUCCUGCCGUUACUCGUGCUGACCUGGAGACUGCGAUGGAAGUCCUUCAAGAUACAGACGCGGUUAUUCUGUUUCAUGCCGAGAUGGAGUGUCCUUGUAACAUGGCUGUAUCGUCAGAGGAAGGUCCACCACAGUUAUACAAGACUUUCCUAGAUUCCCGACCAGAAGUUAUGGAAAAUGAAGCCAUCAAAUUGGUUUGCGAUCUCUGUCUUAAAUACAGAGUCAAGUGUCAUAUUGUCCACCUGUCUUCAGCCAGUGCCCUCCCUUUAAUCGUAGAGGCUAAACGUAAGGGGGCGCCACUGACGGUGGAAACAUGUCAUCACUACUUAUCAUUGGUGGCGGAAACUGUACCAGGGGGCGCUACUCAGUACAAGUGUUGUCCGCCAAUACGCUCAAAACACAAUCAGGAAGUUUUAUGGGAGGGGAUCGUUCGGGGAGACAUCGACAUGGUAGUAUCCGACCAUUCUCCGUGUACUCCUGAACUUAAACAGCUCGAUACAGGAGAUUUCACCACAGCUUGGGGCGGCAUAGCAUCGGUCCAAUUCGGUCUAUCUUUGUUUUGGACUGCUUGCCAACCUUAUGGCCUGACUUUAAACGAUGUUGUUAGACUACUUUGCCGUAACACUGCACAACUGGCUGGAGUAGGCGACAGGAAGGGCGCCAUCAAGACAGGAUAUGACGCAGACUUUGUGAUAUGGGAUCCGGAAUCAUCAUUUGAGGUCACUGUGGGGAUGGUUCGACACAAACAUAAGGUAAGGAAGACUGCUAACCUGUGUCACUACAACGAGGCUGGCCAUUCUUUAACGCCAUACACAGGCAAACAACUUCGGGGUGUCGUGAAGACGACAGUCCUUGGAGGUGUCAUCAUUUACGAAGACAACGUUGCUGUGAGGAUUCCGACAGGAAAAAUUCUGCUCAGGGAUAAAGAAAGAUUAUAAAAAUGUUGCCUGAAAUACUGAAAAAUUGGUAUCUCUCAGAUAUGAAUGAUAGAAAUAUUAUGGAAAACGUUAAAAACGGUGUUCAGUUAAACAGCAUCUUGAAAAAUACUGUUCACAAAUAUACAUUUCAAAACACAUUGGAGAUGUUCGCCCGAUAAGCACGGGGCUUCAAACAAGCAUUGCACAUUUUGCAGGGAAUCGGGAAAAUACUUUCAACAAAUCUGGUACUUCUCGGAUAUAGGAAAAAUCGCGAAGAUCAAUGAAACUCGAAAAGAAGAACUCUUCUGUAUUUGGAGAGAACAUAAAUUUCGUAGGGGCAUUUUGAUUUGAUGGUUAAUAUAACUGACAUCUCGGUGUUUGAUUUGAUGGUUAAUAUAACUGACAUCUCGGUGUUUGAUUUGAUGGUUAAUAUAACUGACAUCUCGG